AACGCGAGAUUAUGGCGAGCGCUGACGAAAUGGCCUUGCUGAGAGUUAAUUCUCGCUGAGUGCACGGCUGGCUGGUUGCGGUUGUCGUAUAACAGUGCAACUUGUUAAAAAACUGCUGACAUUAGCGAUAAGUUAAACAUUAACUGCAUUGUCUUGGCUAUGUGUUGUUAUCGCUUCGACACGGGAAGGCUCAGAGGAAACAAAUUUCUGACAUCAUGAGUCCUCCAGCUCAGCCGAACGUCUUCUGCUGUUGCCACAGAAAAAUCUGGUUGCAUUCAGCAGUAGAAGGCAAACACAACUGCUUUUCCUCCUAAUUAGUAUCUGCACUACGCUCCCUCCAAAGGAUAACAUGGAAGUACAAGCACAAUGAAUAGAUACACCACCCUUAGACAGCUUGGAGAUGGCACCUAUGGCUCUGUCAUCCUGGGUCGCAGUCUGGAGUCAGGGGAACUUGUUGCCAUAAAGAAGAUGAAACGAAAGUUUUACUCCUGGGAGGAAUGCAUGAACCUUAGAGAAGUCAAGUCCCUAAAGAAACUAAACCAUGCUAAUGUCAUCAAACUCAAGGAGGUAAUCCGGGAAAAUGAUCACUUGUACUUCAUUUUUGAGUACAUGAAGGAGAAUUUGUAUCAGCUGAUGAAAGACCGGACACGUUUGUUCCCUGAAUCGGCCGUUAGGAACAUAAUGUUUCAGAUCCUGCAGGGACUUGCAUUCAUUCAUAAGCAUGGGUUUUUCCACAGGGACAUGAAACCAGAAAAUCUCCUGUGUAUGGGCCCAGAGCUGGUGAAAAUCGCCGACUUCGGGCUCGCCCGUGAGAUCAGAUCUCGACCGCCCUACACGGACUACGUCUCGACUCGAUGGUACCGAGCUCCAGAGGUGCUCCUCAGGUCCACAUCAUACAAUUCACCCAUAGACCAGUGGGCGGUGGGCUGCAUCAUGGCUGAGCUUUACACACUCAGGCCUCUGUUCCCAGGAUCCAGUGAAGUGGACACCAUAUUCAAGAUCUGCCAAGUCCUGGGUACACCAAAGAAGACUGAUUGGCCCGAGGGAUACCAGCUGGCGAGCGCCAUGAACUUCCGUUGGCCUCAGUGCGUUCCCAGCAACCUGAAGACGCUCGUCCCCAACGCCAGUCCAGACGCCAUCCGUCUCAUGACGGACCUGCUUCAGUGGGACCCCAAGAACAGGCCGGCCUCUGCUCAGGCUCUCAGGUACUCGUAUUUCCACGUGGGCCAAGCUCUUGGCACCCCUCAGCAGAUCCUGGAGCAGGACAGACCUCAGCCGGGUCGAGUGCAGCUGCAGCCUCCUCUGCAGCAGCAACAGCAGCAGCAGCAGCCUCUCCUACUGCUGAAGCCCAUGCCCCCCACCCAGCCUCCACCUUCUAACCAGCACUGCACGCCCUCCAGGCCUCUCCAGCAGGUUGCGCCGCCCCCUGCAUCCGCAGCUGCCCAGGCGGCGUCUUACCAGCGACACACGGGGCCCAAGCACAUCCCGAAGCCGGAGCAGACGGAAGUCAUGCCGCAGAGUCACCUUCCUUACAUCGUUGACAAGAGUCUGCAGAGCAAGCAGGAGACAGGCAGCGCAAACCUUCUCAACUAUCAGGUGAAGCCAAAGGGAGGAGGGCGGCGGCGAUGGGGACACGGCACGGGACACCUCAAGAGUGACAACUGGGACAACUAUGAAGACAGAGAUCUGUCCUCUUUGAGCAUUCUGGGGAAAAAUAACUUUUCCUCAGAGAAGCGGAGGCAGGGAGAGGACGCUCUGAGCAGGUACGGAAAUGUUCUGGAUUACAGUCGACCCAGUGGAAAAGAAGACACACCUUUGAACCUGAACAAGACCGCAGCCUAUCAGGAGCCGUCGAGAACCGCCUCAGCCAAGCAGCACUACCUGAGACAGUCUAGAUAUUUACCUGGCAUAAGUACAAAGAAGAACGUGGCCAUAGAUGCCAGUAAGGACUUCACUGGAAGCCAUUUUUGGGGCGGCAGUAGUAUACCUUUUGGAGGAACGCUGCCGAGCAGAGGAGCGCAUGGUACAAAUACAAUCCCUGGUGGAUACAUCCCAUCAUUUUACAAAAAAGACGGUGGCUCUGCUGGCCACAGAGGAAGGCAGGGUACAUCAGUGGAAGCAACAGCGUCAAAUUAUGCAACAUGGCGGUCUGGUCGGAGUCAGAUGAACCCCUCCACCAACGCGCCCACAGCCAACAAAAGCACGUCCAGUCUGCAUCCUCGCCCGCCGCUACAAAGCAUUCACGGCCGAACAGACUGGUCUGCCAAAUACGGACACCGCUAGUGGCCUCCGUGGAGCUCAAAAAUGAGCUUCAAUAACUCUUUCGCUUCCAAAGAGUAGGCCUAGUUGUUUUAUAACCCAAGCGUGUAAAUAUAAACUUUACACAGCAAUAAUUUUUGUUUCAUAGGUGUACAGUGAAUGCUUUUGAGUUGUAAACUAUUUAAAGUAUGACGAAAUGCAAAGAGCCAAAAAUGUGAGUGCAACCUCUGUCUUACUGUCUGUAUUAUAGCUGCUGUUGUGCUGCAAAGGUUAUGCCUCAGUUUUGCUUCCCUGAAUGCUGACAUGUAAACAUAUAAUAUGCAUAUUACAAUGGUAUGAAACCUUCACUGUGAUUUCUUUUGGGCUAAUUAAUUGUUGUUUUUUUACUUUUUGCAUUUUGUUCAAUGACAGUUGCCUUGCCAGUCAACUAUUGUUUUGUGUUCAUGUUUUCAGUAAAAGGAUGUUGUAAUUUUAGUGUUGAUAAAUUGCCAUGUUGCAUAAAUCUGUUUCAGUAAAAUGAUGUUGAACCCAAA